GGACAGUCCAGGGCCCCCGAGCACUGGGGAAAGGCCUUGGUAACUCUCUGUCCCCAUCCUCAGAUCUCAGGGGCACGCAGCCCCUCCGACGGAGCCCCCCGCCUCAAGCUCCCCAGGUGCCGUCCCCUGAGGAGGAACGAUGUGGGUCGCUUGGAUGGUGGGCCUCUUGUCCCUGAUCUGGGCCUGUGUCUGCCCCGAUGCUGCGUGGGCCGGGCCGAUGUCUGACGGCCACCGCUUUCCCAGAGGCGGCAGCGCAGAUCCACACAGCCCCGUGUUGAGAGUGCUCACAGAGAAUGGGCAACUUUGCAAAUUCCCCUUCCGUUACGGCGGCCGAAUGUACCACGCCUGUACUUCCACCGGCAGCUCUUGGAAGAAAUGGUGUGCGACCACCCAUAACUACGACCGAGAUCGGGCCUGGGGUUACUGUCUACCCACCCCCAGAGACAACACCACGACGGUGAAUGGGUGUGCCCAGAAACCCUGCAGGAAUGGAGGCGUCUGCUCUGAAGCUUUGGGCCACGCAACCUACCUGUGCUCCUGCCCGGACGCCUUCGCCGGCCAACGUUGCCAGACAGAAAAGUGCUUCGACGAGAGCCGAUCGGAGUACUUCCACGUGGGCCAGAGCUGGGCGCGCAUCGGCCUCCGGGGCAAGGUGGAGAGCUGCAACUGCACGGCCGGCCGCAGCCUCUGCCGGCCAUCGCGUUAUACCGCCUGCGUCAACAACCCCUGCCCCUCGGGCAGCGCCUGCCGCAUGGUGGUUCCCACCGGACAGACCAUCUGCUCCUGCCAGGCCGGACGAGUGGGUGCCCACUGCAACAUAGUCCCGGCGGAGGGCUGCUUUGUCGGCAACGGGACAACGUACCGCGGCGUGGCCGGGAGGACCGUGUCCGGCCAGCCCUGCCUGCCCUGGACCUCCGACCUGCUCUACCACGAGCUCCACGUCGACAGAGUGGACAAGGCCGCGCAGCUCGGACUGGGCCCGCAUGCCUACUGCCGAAACCCGGAUGGUGACGAGAAGCCGUGGUGUUACAUCCUGAAGGACAACAUGCUUUCUUGGGAAUACUGCGACAUUCCAUCGUGUGGGGAGAAGGGCAGGAGGACCACGCUUACGAGGUUGGCCCAGGCGUCCCCGGAGGCGGGGAAGCCUGUGGUGGCCAAGAGGGCCUGCGGGAAGAGGCACGGGAAACGCAGCUUCCUGAGGCCCCGGAUCGUGGGGGGCUCGUCGGCCCUGCCGGGCUCGCACCCGUGGCUGGCCGCCCUCUACAUCGGGGAGAGUUUCUGCGCCGGGACUCUCAUCCACCCGUGCUGGGUCCUCACGGCCGCCCACUGCUUCACCUACAGCCCUCCAAAGACCAGCAUUACCGUCGUCCUGGGCCAGCAUGAAUUCAACGAAACGAGAGACGUCACACAGAAGUUCGAAGUUGAGAAAUAUAUUACAUAUCCCAUGUACUCCGUCUUCAAUCCGAGCGACCAUGAUAUCGCGUUGAUCCGGCUGAAGAAGAAGGGGGACCACUGCUCGGUGAAAUCUCAGUUCGUGCACCCCAUCUGCCUCCCGGAGACGGGCAUCGUCUUCCCCGACAACUACAAGUGCCAGAUUGCCGGCUGGGGACACAUGCAGGAAAACAUGACGAAUUACGCCAGGUUUCUCCAAGAAGCCCUGAUCCCACUCAUUCCAGACAGCAAAUGCAGUAGUCCUGAAGUGUAUGGGGCUGAUCUCAGUCCAAACAUGCUCUGUGCCGGCUACUUCGAUUGCAAAUCGGACGCAUGUCAGGGGGACUCCGGGGGCCCGUUGGCCUGUGAGAAGAAUGGCGUCUCCUACUUACACGGGGUGAUCAGCUGGGGCGACGGCUGCGGGCGAGCCAGAAAGCCCGGCGUCUACACGCGUGUGGCCAACUACGUGGACUGGGUCAACGACAAACUGAAGCCAAGCCGCCGCACCGUGACCUCCGUUUAGGCCCCGGGGCUGGUCCAGUGGAGUCUGGGGGCCCAGUGGAGUCUGGCGGGGUCAAAGGUCAGGGGAGGCCAUGCUGUAAUCAGUAUUGAUAAUCGUUCUCUGAAAUGGCGAGAAUUAAAAACGGGGAUCAGGCCCAGA